UUCGCCCGUCGUUUCGGCCCGGAGGAACCACCUGCCCGCCCGGUACGCCGGGGAGGCAGACGACGGCAAGGCCCGGCUGCCCCUAAGGCGAGAGGCUCCACAAGAUGGCGAGCGCGGGCGCCCGCGCCCUGCCCAAGAUGGCGGCGGGCGGUCCAGCGCGGCGGGCGGCGGGAGCGCGGGGUCGGAGCCGCACGGAGCCCCACGGCCCGGCGCUGCCAGGGCGGCGGCGGCGGCCUCCCGGGCGCAGUGCGAAGGGGUCCCCGGAGGACGGGCGCCCGGCAACCGCCUCUGCUGAGCCCGCGAGGGAAGCGCCAGCAGCGGCCCGCCGCCAGGAGCGGGGCGGCCCCCGGAGGCCGAGCCCGUCGUCUUUACACAAAGUGGCUGACAGACGACCCUCAAAGAGGCUAAAAUGUGAAAAACACAGUCUAGUAAAAUCAGAACUAGAAGGACUUGCAUGUGGAAGUGCUGCGUUAGGGGAAACACCUAAAACACCUGAUGGGGAUCGAUGCUCAGAAGGUCCGGCAGACUGCAAUAUAAUUCAGCAGGAAAAAGGUGAAAGCAUUCCAGAGAUGAAGAAAGAGAAACAGGAAAAGGAGCCUAAUGUUUCUCUCAAGCCAUGUGCAGUGAAAUCAAGCAGUGCUACACCAAAACCGGACAGCGAUGAAAACCUGCAUGAUCAUGUCUGCAGCAAAGAGGAGAGCAGCUGUGAGAGUGUCCUUUCCGAUGGGUCCAGCUUGGAGGAUGGAGAUCUCCCGAAGAAGCCGAUACAACUAGACAAUAGUGCUUUCUUGGAUGAAGACAGCAACCAGCCGAUGCCAGUGGACCGAUUCUUUGGAGAUGUCGAGUUUAUACAGGAUCUCCCACCAGUUGCACUCCCAAGCACAACGAUGAGCAGGCGAGAAUUCAGGCGGCUACAUUUCAUUGCAAAGGAAGAUGAGGAGGAGGAGGAAGAGGAUGUUGUCUAACAACAAACUGUAAACAAACGAAACCUUUUUUCUUUUUCUUUGCAACCACGUAAUGAUGGUUGGUUAUGUCACUAACAUAAGGUGUCUGCGUUUGCCUUUUCUCAGAGAAAGAAGAACUGGUAGAGUUUGUUUUUCUGGAAUUGGCAGAUACAGUAUUCUCCCGUGGUUAUCUGAGGCAAAGAUUCACUCAGUUUUCAGUGAUUUGGAAAUAAAUCAUAAUUUAUCAUUUUAUCAUUAAUAUUUAGGUAAAAACAGGGAAAAUAGAAGUUCUUACUGCUUUUUUAUAAUUUGAGCCCAUAUCUAGGGUGAACACUUGGUCUCACUCCUUUUUAAAAAUAGCCAAGAAAACUGUCUUCGAACACGGUCCUCUUCUAGUUCUGCGUUGUCUGCCAUUGUGUCGUGCAGUUCGAAUGCGGGCAGUUGACUACGCAGUACGAAGAGGCACACUGGGCUCUCUCGUGCAAGUUGUGUUGCAUUGUUUACAUCUAAACCAGAACCAAUUACACCUCUAAAAUGCAGUUCUGGAUGUCAGUGUGAGCUCAGUGGUGUUAAACUCUGCAAGUUAGUAUGCUUUUAUUGCUGUCAGUUCUCUGAACGACCACCACGCAAAGCGGGCUGCUUCCCUCUGCCACCAGAGCAGCCGUAAGCAUUGCCUUUUGUAAUAGCUGUGUAAUCAGCUCCUGCAGUAUUUCCAGUUGAAUUCCAUGGGUUCCGAGUAGGAAUUUUGUAAACAAAUGCAGUGGUGGUGAUAAAGGAUCUCACAGUGUUGGACGUGAUCGGUAGAUGAAUGAAUAUUGACUGCUAAGGAUAUGGGUCAGUCCACUGAAUUUGUUAUUUUGGACUGCAUUUUUAGAAAAUAAUGAGCAACCUCAGAUGAUUUCAGGAACUGUUAACUCACCCAAUGUUUAUGAUAAUACUUCUUUGAAAGUGUGAUUAUGCAAUAACCUUACAGAUCUUUAUUGUUAUAAAUAGUUUCUUCUGCAUUUCUAAAAAUAUAGAGAAAAUGUUAUCGGCA